AUGGAACAUCCCGGAGAGCAUCACUACAAAUUAAACCGAGUUAUUCUAUCGUUUAGCGGACUAUGGCCGUAUCAAAGCAAGUGGAGCGCUCAUUUAAUAAGAGCUGUUAUUUCUAUCCUAUUGGUAUCGUCUGUAAUUUUUCAGGUAGCGAGUUUUUUCACAACUGAUUUCACUGCAGAAUUUAUAGUCGAAGUGGUACCAGCACUUGUACCUACAUUAGGUACCUUGAGUCAACUGUAUGUGCGUACCAGACAAGGAGACCAACUUAGGGAUAUAUUUGAACAUAUGCGGAAUGACUGGAGGUUGCAAAAGACACAGUAUGAGAUAAAAAUUAUGCGCCAGCAUGCCGAGUCUACGAGAUUAUAUACAUUUUAUUACGCGCGUAAGAAAAACAUUUCAAAAGUUCGUUUUAUCCAAAGAAAAAGAUGAGCAUUUCUACCUGUAAGAUCGACAUUGUAUUUCCGUGUGCGAGAUCAAUAUGUGCUCUCUCUUCAUUAUCAGCAUUGGAUGUGUUAUUUGUUACACAUUACUUUCGACAAGUAUCACGCGCGACAUUUCUUUUAGCCAUUCAUAUCACAAUUUUAGUUUUAAAAAGCAUAUAUUA